GUUGGAGGCUGGUUGUCAGAGGCUACUCCUUUCACCCUAUGGAUAGAGAUGGUGGGAAAGAAACUUGGAUCUCCAAUUCAGUUUUAGAAAUGGCAUCAAUUUCAGCUCUAACUGAGGAACUGGAUUCUGUGACCAAUGAGUUGCAUGCAGUAGACAUUCAAAUUCAAGAACUUAUGGAAAGGCAGCAGGAGCUUCUUCAAAAGAAAUCAGUCCUAUCAAAGAAAAUAAAACAAUGUUUAGAGAAUUCAGAUGCUGGGGCCAGCCAAGAAUGCGAUUCUUCCCCAGCUGCUUGGGAUAAAGAAGACUUUCCGUGGUCUGAUAAAGUUAAAGAUGUUCUGCAAAAUGUCUUCAAAUUACAGAAGUUCAGAGCACUUCAGCUUGAAACUAUUAAUGUGACAAUGGCUGGAAAGGAGAUAUUUCUUGUUAUGCCUACUGGAGGUGGGAAGAGCUUAUGUUACCAGUUACCAGCAUUAUGUUCAGAUGGUUUUACACUUGUAAUUUGCCCAUUGAUCUCUCUUAUGGAAGACCAAUUAAUGGUUUUAAAACAAUUAGGAAUUUCAGCUACCAUGUUAAAUGCUUCUAGUUCUAAGGAGCACGUGAAAUGGGUUCAUGCUGAAAUGGUAAACAAAAACUCCAAGUUAAGGCUCAUUUAUGUGACUCCAGAGAAAAUUGCAAAAAGCAAAAUAUUUAUGUCAAGACUAGAGAAAGCCUAUGAAGCGAGGAGAUUUACUCGAAUAGCUGUGGAUGAAGUUCACUGCUGCAGUCAGUGGGGACACGAUUUCAGACCUGAUUAUAAAGCACUUGGCAUCUUGAAGCGGCAGUUCCCUAAUACAUCUCUAAUUGGGCUGACUGCAACUGCAACAAACCAUGUUUUAAAGGAUGCUCAGAAAAUUUUGUGUGUUGAAAAGUGUAUUACUUUUACAGCUUCUUUUAAUCGUCCAAAUCUUUAUUAUGAGGUUCGGCAAAAGCCUUCAAACACGGAAGAUUUUAUUGAGGAUAUUGUAAAGCUCGUUAAUGGGAGAUACAAAGGACAAUCAGGAAUCAUAUAUUGUUUUUCUCAGAAAGACUCUGAACAAGUUACUAUUAGUUUACAAAAGUUAGGAAUUCAUGCUGGGGCUUACCAUGCCAAUAUGGAACCAGAAGAUAAAUCCAAAGUUCACACAAGGUGGUCAGCUAAUGAACUUCAGGUAGUAGUGGCAACAGUUGCAUUUGGUAUGGGAAUUGAUAAGCCAGAUGUGAGAUUUGUUAUUCAUCAUUCAAUGAGUAAAUCCAUGGAAAAUUAUUACCAAGAGAGUGGACGUGCAGGUCGAGAUGACAUGAGAGCAGACUGCAUUUUGUAUUAUGGCUUUGGAGAUAUAUUCAGAAUAAGUUCAAUGGUGGUCAUGGAAAAUGUGGGACAACAGAAGCUCUAUGAGAUGGUAUCGUACUGUCAAAACAUAAGCAAAUGUCGCCGUGUAUUGAUAGCUCAACAUUUUGAUGAAGUAUGGAACUCAGAAGCAUGUAACAAAAUGUGUGAUAACUGCUGUAAAGAUGCUUCAUUUGAAAAAAAGAACAUAACUGCAUACUGCAGAGAUCUAAUCAAGAUCUUGAAGCAGGCAGAGGAACUGAAUGAAAAACUCACUCCUCUGAAACUCAUUGAUUCUUGGAUGGGAAAGGGCCCAGGGAAACUGAGAGUGGCUGGUGUUGCUGCUCCCACACUUCCUCGUGAAGACCUGGAGAAAAUAAUCGCACACUUUCUUCUACAGCAGUAUCUUAGAGAAGACUACAGUUUUACAGCUUAUGCUACGAUUUCGUAUUUGAAAGUUGGACCCAAAGCUAAUCUUCUGAACAGUGAAGCACACGUUAUUACCAUGCAGGUGAAGAAGCCCACACAGAACUGUUCCAAGGCUGAAUCAUCUGAAACUUGUCAUUCUGAUCGAAUUCAGAAAACGGUGGUGGAAAAAAAUUCAGGCAACUUCCAGAAGUCUACAAACAUGUUUCAAAAAUCUGGUUCCAAGAACUCAGGGGCCAAGAAAAGAAAAAUUGAUGAUGCCUGAAAAGACUGUUAUUAAAUUUUCCACAAAAGGAAUAGUUUAUGCAUGUGUACACCAUUGUUUUUGUAGCUAACAUUUAAUUUUAA